AUGGAUGCUCUGCAAGUUAUUUCGGCCGCAACACAGAUAGUCUCGAGUAUGAUAGCAGCAAUUGGGGCAUUAGAGCAGGCUUCUAGAAACAUUGAUGAAGCUCCUCGGAGGAUUCAAACCCUAGAGGAAUUUGUGUAUGAACUUGAGACUUUGACACACCUUAUUAAGCAAAAGCAUUUUCACAAGCUUCACAACCCCCAAUUAGAAAAUCAGAUUCAAAGCUUAAAUGGCCUUAUUGCACGGCUACGUGCAAAUAUCAUGAAGGCUAAAAGGGUCGUGUCUAGAAGUAAAAUCAAGAAAUUUGCUAAGAUUGUAUGGAAUUCUAUGAUUGGCGAUCCACUUGGGAAGAUAUUGAAUUCAAUGAGGUAUGACAUGAGCUGGUGGCUUGAAUCUCAAAGAUUGACUGAGCAUGUUGAAAAUUUGAUAGAAACAACUGCACGAAACAUCCCCGUCCGGUUAAAAAUAAACACAGAUCAAGGGUACCCAAUCUCCAAUAAGUGCAAGUAUGUGAGAAAUUUACUGGAGGAAGAUAGCUGUCGCAGUGUAAUUCUCAUUGUUGGACUAUCUGGCAUUGGCAAGUCAUCUUUAGCUCGACAAGUGGCUUCCAAUCUUCCCUCAAGUAGACCUGCUUGUCAUGGUGAUAAGGCCGAAUACCAAAAGCGACUGGCGAGAAAAUUUUGUAAGUUUCUGGUACAGAUUGGUUUUUGGAAAAAAAUCAAAGAUGAAUAUUGUGGAGAUCUUGAAUGUGUCUGCUUCAAGCUUCAAGAAGCACUGGUCGGGAAGCGCUUAUUGAUACUUCUUGACGAUGUGUGGGAACAAGACAUUGUUGAACGUUUUGCAAAGUUAUAUGAUAAUGACUGUAGGUACUUGGUAACAAGUAGGAAUGAAUCUGUCUAUGAGAUAACAGAAGCUUACAAGGUAGAGGGCUAUUUUCAUAGAAAUGUCUGCAAAUUCCUCUCGGUUAGAAAAGGAAAAUCAAUAACUUUUAUGAAGCUACCGUCUAAGAAAAGCUACAUCUUGGACCAAAUAUCAAACCUGUGUACUCAUGAAAGACGGAUAGCUGAUGCAAAUAUCACAUUAAGAUCAGAAUGUUGGGAACCUGUGGUUGCCAGGAGAAAAGAACGUUAA